ACGGCGUAUAGUCUACACGUACGUUGUAUAAUGGAUCCUCUGUGCGCAUGACGAUGCAUUGUCGGGAUUGUUGUCGUCAAUAGACAGUAGGCCUACCUGCAUGCAAAUAGAAUUUUAAUUUCGAUUGCCAAACAAGGACUCAAUUGCAGUAAAAACCGACAUUUUCUCUCGUUAUUGUGGACAGCAUGGAUCGUUGAAAGGUGGACUGACACAACCGGCAGCAUGAGGUGAGAGAUCGGGACAUAACGCCGCGAUUUUGUCGUGGCGUUUCGCGGCAUUUCUAGGCAAGGUAUACCACUGACACCGCCAGGUGCAGGAAAUGGUGGCUAUUCGUGUUUGCUCGAUCAACCACAAACGACGGAGACUUCACCAGGUGCGCGAAUAAUUAAUGUUGAUAGUGUUGUGGGAAUUAGUUGGUAAAAAUGACAGAUCCAGGAAUAAUGGCAGCGAAUGAAAGAACCACAGCCAUCUCAACAGGUUUGUUGACAGACCUUUCGAGAACCACAACCGGCCGGGGGGUUACCGGUACGGACCUAACAACCGGGUGGGUUUUUUCCACCGGUGACACUUCAGCGACUGACGAUGCCGUUGAUGUGACGGGAACACCAGUAAAUUUUUCAUCGAUGGCAACAGUGUUCGAUGAUGUGACCAGUACUGUGCCAUCCGCAUCCGAGAUUACGGGAGGUGCAACGACCACACCGGCAGUAGACUCGACGGUGGCGGUGGUCGCGGCUUUCUUCAUGUCGCUGUUCGCCCUCAUGGCGCUGGCCGGCAACUUGUGUUGCCUGAUCGCUCUCGCCCGCAAAAACCUGGAGAAGACCUCCGUGUUGUACACCUUCCUGAGCAACAUCUGCGCUGUCCAGCUCUGCGACGGCGUGCUCACCAUGCCCCUCGUGCUGGGGGCUGCCGCCAGUGGAGGUUGGCCCUACGGCGAAUUCAUGUGCCAGCUCAGUGCCUUUGUCCUGAGUUUGAUUAACGUAGAGACCAUGAUGGCCUUGGCCUUGCUGAGUCUCGACCGGCUGCUGGCGGUGCGCUGGCCCAACGUUUCCAGCAAAAUGAACCGGGUUAAAGCUAGUCUUAUCACAGGGUACGCCUGGGUGCACGGGACAGCAUUUACUCUGGUCAUCGUGGCCGGGGUAAUCCAAGCAGACUAUCUGCCGGACUGUUACCUCUGCUCUGUGUCCUCGCGGACCGGAUACGUGUACCUGGUGUUUUUCUCGUUGUUUUGCUACAUUUUCCCGUUCAUUAUCAUUGUCUCCAUGUAUAUUGUCAUCAUCAAGGUGGCUGUGGAUGAAAAGCCCACCGUGCAGAACUUCAACGCCGAGGUGAGCUACGCCAACAGGUUGGGCCGCCGGUCCAAGUUGUGGCGCGAACUCAGACAAGCGAAGACCGUAGGGACACUGGUAAUUCUGUGGUGCCUCUUCGAAGGCCCCUAUCUUGCCCUACAAACCGUUUACUUGUACAGCAACUCGGAGUACCCCAACUCCAUGGACAAUGUGUUCUCCACGCCGGUCCAGACUGUCUUUACGUGGAUGCGGUUCUGUUACGCGUGGAUCGUGCCUCUCGUGGUUUUGAUAGGCUUUCCGGAAGUGAGAGAGGAGUUAUCCAGUGUUUGUGCCUGUCACAAGAGCAAUAUGGUAGACUCGGGCCGGCAAGAGAUAUUGGCCCAGCCUGGAGUACGCACUUCCUGGGCGAGCGAGGCCUCCGGCAGCGGCCGAUCGUCAACCCAAGGCCGCUCCUUCCACGUCCCAAUCCUGUUCGCCACGUCCGGGGGGCUGCGCCUGCAGAUCGGGAACAAGCAGCGGGAGAACGAUGUGGACAAGGCGGAGGAUUUCCCACAGGGCUUUCAUGCGGAUCCCCGGAUCAAGUACGACCCCACCAAGUCCCGCUACCCGCCGCCCCUGACUCCCGUGCCGCAAAGCAGCGAUGAGGACACGGGCGGGAGCUGGGACAUCCGCGCGGCCGUUGAUCACGGAGACAGCCCGGAGCCCCCACGAAAGUCCUCGGACCCUGACCGUGUGCGCUCGCCGAGUUCUUCGUCCAGUUUUCAACUCUCACUCACAAGCAGGGAGCUGAAAGUCAGCCGCAACAACGGUACCCCUCGUACCCCAAACGGUCUCCCUUCUCGUAGCCCAGUUGUUACCCCUCGCCCGCAGGAGCCGGAAACGCCCCCAGGAUCGAUUCCCCAAUCUGAAACCAACACACCCCGCUAAACUUUACAGGUCAGGAAUUCCGCGCCACUGUUCGUGUUACCUGGAAACGAGGCGAAUGAUAUCAGCAGAGCUUGGCAAGGUUCUUGUUUGGGGUGGCCGUGAACCAGCUGGUGUUGUGUGGACACAAGUGACAUUGAACUGGCUGAAUUAAUCGGGGUGAUAGGUGUGUCUCGUUCGGUGUACACGUAUUUGCUUUUGGAGUCCCCGUUUUGUCGGGACCCCACUUGACACUCUUCCGCGCAUCGUUAGCUUAUUUUUUUUUCUUGUUUGUAAAGUUUGCUGGGUUUCCUAAGCCGAAUAAGUUCUGUAUGUUCCGGCGAAUAAACUGCUCGAGCCGCGAGGAUCACGUCCUGUGAGCGCCAAUAGCUAAAAACAAAACGAAAUAUUUACUUUUUGUAAGCGGGUCAUACCGAGCCUCAUCGUGGCUACCUCUUAUUUAAAUUGCGUUGCUUGGCAGAAACGGUUAACGAACACCGACCUCUAUAUAGAGUCAUAAUAUGAAUCUAUACAAAGAGGUCGAUGUUCGUAAUAUUGAUGUACAUGUACAUCUGUAAUAUGUAUCAAAUUUUUGCAGAAUGUUACAUCAGAGCGGCAUAAUUUAUGGGUUUUGAAGAUUUAGUCCCCUUUUUGAGUGAUACUGAAUGCAUUUUAGUCGUUGGAAAGUCCCAAAAUUCUUCACAAGCCAUCUCCACCCCACUUUUCAAAUUUUUAUGGCUAGCAAGUCACUCCCCCAUCUGCACCGCCCCUAUUUUCCUGCACAAAUGUACGCGCCCACUGCUUCACUACUGUGAGCAUCAAGCUCUACUUAUCCCACCUUGCCGCUUGUUCCUUCUAUGACACACAGCUGCUGUCGGUACCUUAAAUCAAGAACAAUUUCACAGAGCUUUGACAAUGUCCCAUGGUCCUUAACUAUGGAAGCCUACAUCCUUCCAAAUUAUUGGAUCUCUGGAAGCUGUUUUCCUUUCAGAAAAAGCAGCUUAAAACCACUUGCCAUUUAAUAGUUACGACUACUCCUGGGCGUUGUAUUAAACGGGAUUGCGCUAGAGGAACCCCGUUGACUUACGCCUCACCUCCAACAGUAAAUACGUGCACGUGUUUUGUUUUUAAUGAGAUUUGAAAAUGGCCCUUGACUGUUGUUUUGUCACAUUUAGAUUAACACAGGCAGAUGAAGUUCUUUUUUUCCCCAUGUUUACGCCAGCGAGGAAAAUUGAGUCGUACAUAACCGUACAGCGGUGGUGUGUACCCAAGGGCCACUUUUUAACCUCAGUCUUGUCUGACACUGGGUUUUCUAUGACGGACGUUUGAUUAAGUGUUUGGCUAUAUAAUAGGGAUGUUUCUUUGUGAACAGUGUCUAUUGUUGUAAAAUGAAAGCAAAUACCAAGGUUGACGGCUGUUUGAAUACUCGCCUUUUCAAAGGGAGUGGUGAUGGUGGCAGAGGUGGGGUGUACAGAGUUUAAGAAACCCGCCAUAUAUGUCAAAGGCCUUCAUGCGCCACUGUUCGUUGAACCUUUGCGUGUGGUGUAGAGUAAGUUCAUUUCCUGAACAAGCUUUUCAAAAACGUUAAAGAAGCGUACGGUAACUCAAUGGUGGAGUGCAAUUGUUUGAUUUAGUCGUGUCUCGGUACGCCGGAGUGUACUCCAGUUCACGUAAUGGAUUCCUGGCGAGACCUGUUCUCGUGAUGGGCCGAUCCAGACGGAGAACUGUAGUCAGCCUCAAAGAAAAUCUUUAGAAAUCCGUCCACACGAUACGAAAGGGGAUACCCCACAUUCACGUCGUAGAAUUUCUGGCAAGUUUGCUACUAGUAUGUCGUGCUUUCAACCGUGAGCCAACUUUAACCAAAAGCAAUUUUUUUUUUGAAAACUACCUUAGCAAUGUGACGAGGAGCGCAAUUUUGGCACAGUUGUUUUCUCAGCAUGUCUAUGCAUGAGUAUAUUAUACGUACAUUAUUAUUUUUGCCGGAACAACUUCAUGCGGCAACUCUAAGCCCAAAUUCCGUGGAACCUUUAAGUAGUAAAUGGUGCUUAGGGGGUUGUGUUGUUAGAAUCAGGUAGUGCACGACCUCUAGAACGUGGUGGAAAGCCUGAAGAUCAUUUGCAUUGACGUCACACAUUUCCCAUGAUCCGAAGCCAUCGUUAAUGCCACAAUGGGUCCAUUUACGUGUACAAGACAAGUGCAUUAUGUUGUCCAGCAAUAGCACUCACGAUGUCACGUGAUUGAGUUUGAUGUUUUGCGUGAUUUCGGGUAUAACAUCACGAGGUUUUACUUUUCUUAUCUGACGUGAUGGGUGGUUUAGGUCACUGGGGCAUUGUUAAUUUGGCUCAAAUCGCGUUCGUUCCAUUUUGGCGUUUGUUUUUGUCGCAAAAAAGAAGUUUCUUCUCUUCUGUGUCAUUCUUGAAUGUGAUUAUUAAUUAUUCUUGUCUGUGAAAGAAAUUCCAAUUUCUUUCCAAUUCUUUAUUCAAGACGAUUUUAAAAAGAAACUUCAAGUUUUAAGAGGACGAUUCCGUUCAGGAGCGCAUAAAAAAAUGUUUCCGACGUCAUAACUGAAAAAAAAGCCAAAUGCGACCACCAGCUGGAGCUGCUUGUGAACAUGGCCCGACUCAGCAUAGCUAACGGCUACGUCCAAAGCGUAUAGCUAAGGAUGAACACACCACGAAAGCCAUUGUUCAAAUCGUUCAUCUGACAUUUCAGAUGGCAGGCUGCGAAGGAUAAUGAGUGAUGUGACGUCAGUGCAUAGGAUCAGUGUGCAUUCAAAAUCUUCAAUUUGUCUGUCUUAGGCACACUUUUGGUACCAAGUGAUUCCACGAAUAUACCUUUUUAUCAUAUUAAAAUGAACGAGUCUCUACUGGUUUUUGUUCAAGAACGCGGUUUUUAAAAAUUCCACUCCGUACAAGAGUAAAAAGAAGUACAUACAGUGAGUCUGUUAGACCGUUGUCGAAAGGACUUGCCUAACUACUUUCAGCUCUGAGGCUUCCUCAUUUCAGUUAUCGCACGGACAAAUUGCAAUAUCGUAGAAAUAUGGGGGCCCCAAAACCCAAUAAAAAAUAACAAUAAAAUGAUUGCGACUUGUAACAUAAAGUGUGAUUUUAAAUAUUUAAAUGUGAGCAAACUGUAUGUACUUAUAAAUUAUAUCAUCAAGUUUUAUCUGUAAACAAUUUUGUACUGAUUUUCAGGUUUCCUUGUGCAAAUGGUUCACGUUAUUGAUAUUUCGGUAUUUUGUGUAAAUGAUAAAUGUAAAAAAUAGCUUUCUGGGCUGAAAUAGCUGUAGAUUAGUUCUCAUUAUUAUCCUGAUGUGAAUCUCCAUCGGGUCUCUGAAAUUAUUUUGCGAGUCACAUUGUCUGAAAGGGACCAACUUGGAGGGGUGAAGGCCAUAUUUUGUUCUUGAAAUUUGAGGUUUUCCAAAGGGAGGUUUCUUCCCCCACUAUGGAGACUCCGGACUAUUAAAGUUAUGUGUCUGAACCCUCAGGCUCACUACUCAUGUGAAGCCGAGUGAAAAAUUUUCAUUUGAUCCCUAACAUUUAAAAAAAAUGAAAGAAAAAAAAGGAUUCUCAUUCUUUUCUGCAGCCCAUAUACAAAGCCUCACGGAAACAAAGCCGAGGUUUGAAAUGGCUCACAUGUGAGUCAAGGUGUAUGCUAUUUUAGACGAAUCCAUCCAGCAACGUUGUCACCGGACAUGCCCGAUGGCGCCCUUCAAUGGUGCAUUGCUUUUGGGCGUUUGUGCGAGACGACUGUCACGGAACAGCGGCUCCGUUCUCAAGUUAGCACACUGCCUGCCGCCAUUGGCGGAGGUGGGGAGGGGGCUAAUGGCUGGUGAUAUCGUUACCAUGGUUACUGGAUUCGUCUGUGCAGCCGCCCCGGUCUGAAAUGAAACCCGGUCAGAUGUAGGCCCCUAGUCUUGGUUCAACUCAAAAGUUGAUUAUAACCACCACAACAAAAUGGCGAUUCUCAUACCGAUUUGAUUGGGUAAAGGAAUGAGAAGAGGCAGUCCAGCUUGUCAAGUCGGCAGGUGAUAAAAAGGUCUUAUUUUCAAAUGCAAAAAGAAGCUUAACAUCAGUGAUGUUAAUCCCACAUUAUCCGUCCAUGUUGGGAAAAAGUGCAACGUAUAUUAAUUUCAUAUUUAUUGUUCUGAUGUAUAUUUGUUGUUUGAUGUACACAAUCCUUACAAUUUUCAGAGUUAUAGUAAGUGACCUUGUAGUCUGCAAAUGUUUUGAGAGAUUAGAGGGAUAGAGUGAUUAGUUGAGAUGAGAAGUGUGGGUUGGUUUGAAGAAUUUGUCUUUACUUGUGUGUGGGAAUAGAUGAGGCAUGUGUCCUUCAUUUUAGCCACCAUUAGCCUCAAAAUACAACUUUCUUUCAUGGAAAACUUUGUGUUUGAUUAUUCAUCGCAUAUGUGUGACACGACCUCUCAACAGAGACAGUUUUCUAUUCAGUAUGUUGUAAACUAGGAGACAACACUGAUUCAGUUUAGUCUAGGAAAAUUAGAUAAUUCAGCAAGUAUUUAGGGGACAUCAGACUCAAAUUCUUUCGGGAUAGUCAUUUUAAGUAGUGACAUACCCAAUAACAAAUCUUGACUUAUAGGUUCGGAACAUCACAAACUGAAAAGCGAUUUUAAAAGGCUUGAAAUUUGGUUUCGAUAUUCCUUUUCGUGAUGUGAGCUGCAGUUUCGUAUCCUUCGACCUUUGUGUUACUGCCAACAUUCCAGGCGCUCAUGUGAAUUACCGUUUAAAUGAAGUAGGCUGUUACGCCCGUUUUUUGUCCAGUGCGACUCUUACGAAUACGGCGUAUCAUAAUUUGAAAUGAAUACGUCAGUAUCAUGGACAGCCAUGAGUUUUAUACUUACCCAGCCAGAGAAGUUUUCUUUAACACCAAAAAACCUACAACAUCAUUAUGCAUCAGUACGUAAGAAAAGGCUCGCAAAAUUGACCCGACCUUGUACAGCGCUGGGAGUUCAAAAAUCGUUAAGAUAUAAUUAGUCGCAGCGUAACGUUGCCUUGACAACCGUUGUCACGCACGCAUCCCUUCAUGCGCUGCUACAGCCCAGUCGCUGGUUACGACUAUAGAAUGUUAGCCAGCUGCAAUGCUCGGCAAUACCCGAUAAUUGACCUCAACCACAGAGCUUGCACUGCAUUAUACACGCACAGCUGUGUGUCUCUGGCUCUUAAAUCUACGCGUCUGAAAUGCAAGAUUUUUUUUUACGACUUUAACACCUUGUCUUUGACAAGCCGAAAGAAGUAUUACAUAUUUUGUUUGGGCAUAGGUAAAAUGUUGUUGAUAAAUAUUCUUUGAAUCAUCUUUGUGUGCCUUGAAGGUUGUGCCUGUAAAUUUGCAAUAGGUCAGCAGUAAAAAAUAAAAAGUUACAGAAAAGUA